AUCAGCACAAUAGUAGCGAAGCACUUUGAAUAUUGCUGAACAAAAAUGGCGACCAUUCAAUGGAAGGUGAUCGGAGUUUUCAUGCUCACUAUCGCCGUUAGUCACGCUCGUCCGUCGCUAAACAUUGACGGAGCGGAUGCAGCCCUUGAAGACGAGUAUGACUACAACCUUGACGAGCUGAACGACGGUGAAUCAGAUAUGGAUUUUUCCAGUGAACUUGGCUACCGCAGCAGUGAUUCGUUCAUGGGCGAUCCAUUCCGUCGCCUUGGCAUCGUUCCAUACAUCACACCAAUGGAUCCAAGAAAGCUAGCCGCAAUGGUGACGAAGCAUGGCUCCAGGUCCCCUUCGUUCUUCAGUUCACUGAAAGCUGCAGCAAUAAAGGCGGCCAAGGUCGCUGCUCACUCACUGGCUCAGUCAGGUUUGAAGGCUCUUGGAAGCAAACGCGCCGUGGAAGCCGACGCCCUGUAUAGCCAGAUCGCAGAGGUAGCUGAUGAAGAAUUCGAGGCCAUUGGAAAGCGCAUGGUUCAGCACACCCUGGAGUUCGCAGUACGCGAGGCUGGUCCUUAUGGACACCCAGGCUUCAUCUCAGCGAUCAAGAGCGGAGCGUCGCGUCUCUGGAACACAGUGAAGCCCAUUGCCAAGGAGAUCGGACGCAAGGUGGCAGGAGUGGUUGCCAACCAUCUGAACAGCUACGCUUCUGGCUCUCGCAGUGCUGAGGACAUCCAGGAACUUGCUCAGCGCACGUCCUAUACUGUGAAGCGUGCUGCCAAUGACCUGGCUUAUGCCACUGCUCAGGCUGUUCAGGAUGAGGAUUACCUUAACUAAUGGUCUUUGCCGCGACGAUCGUGUUCAGCCAACAUUACAGCAGAAAAGCACUGCCGUCACCAAAGGAAGCCAUUGCACGAUCAUCAUGAUAGUCUAUUUUUGAUUUUAUCAUGAACGAAAAACUGUUCUAUGCUUUCGAACAUAUCAAUAGUGACAUGGAAAACUGUGGGCACAAGUUAUGCGAUCGAGUCCACCAACUAAACGAGAUUUUGAACAGUCGGACGUGCACAAUCUAGCACAAAACCAACAACAUUGUGCACGUCUGACUGUUAAAAAUCUGGUUUAGUUGGUGGACUCGAUCGCAUAACUUGUGCUCACAUUUUUCCAUGUUACAAUUGUUUUCCUUAGCUCACCAUCUGAGUUCUUUAAACAUAUUAAUCACACCUUAUUUUGGAAUGUCGCAGCUCGAAAUCUUUUACUGUUGGUUGGAUUUCUUACUCCAGUGUCCAGCUACUCCACAUUUACUAGAACACGUGUUCGUAGCAAAUUUUCUUCACUAAUGUUAUCUAAAAACACAGCAUCUUUACUUUUACUCUCACUAACACAUACAUGGGCAUGAAACACAACAAGCCAAACCUUUCUUUCCAA